AUGGAAAAUCUACAUGCCCCUACGAUUCCUUCUGGUCCUACAUCUGGACUAGGAGCCACAAAUGGAGUGCAAACCAAUGGCCUAACACUUGCUCAACUUCAGGCUAAGAAAGACAAUAUAGAAGCUGAAAUCAAAGCUCUGAGUGGUGUUCUUGACUCGCAUGGUGUGGACAUGAAUACAAGACUUUUGACUCCUGAUGGUUUCCCUAGAGCAGAUUUGGACGUUGCACAAAUUAGAACUACUAGAUCACGAAUAAUUUAUCUCAAAAACGACCACAAAGCUCUCAUGAGCGUCAUUGAGAAGCAUAUUCACGAACAUUUUGCAAAACUUGCCGAGAACCCAAAUACAGAGGAGCCCGUCGUCGACGAAGUUCAGGCUAGUAGAAUUGUACCUUCUUUCGAUGAGCCAGCACCUUUGGAUGUACCGUUCGCAAAGGUCAAUAGUGUUGCAGCGGGAAGCCCUGCGGACGACGCUGGUCUAAAAGCUGGUGAUACGAUCAGAAAUUUUGGUUAUGUCAAUCAUGCGAAUCAUGAUGGCUUAAAAAGGGUGGGAGAAUGUGUACAAGGAAAUGAGGGUCGCGAGGUUAUGGUAAAGGUUUCAAGAGAUUUGGGACGCCAAGAGCUACAAUUAAGUUUGACACCACGAAGAAACUGGGGAGGCAGAGGGCUUUUGGGCUGUCAUAUUCUGCCAUUGUAG